AUGGUUGAUGCAGCCGUAUCAUCUCUGGCCAUAUGCCAUCAAGACAAGAAUCCUGGCUUUGUUCUAGUUGUACACCCCAGGCACUGUGAGACCUACCAUGUGUUGUGGUCCUUAACUGAUGGAGGUGAGUUUCGGAGUCCUGUUAAUUAUGAUAUUAUGGGACAGACACAAGUCAAUGUGAAAAGAUUUCUGCUAGAAGUCCUUCAUGUUCUGUCCCUAAAUUUUGAUGGAUUUGAUGCCAGCACUACUAAACACAAGCCUCCACUACCCGUUACUACAAAUGAAACAAACACUUCCUCUUUUGUUACAUCAAAUCCACUCACAACUACCUCUGGUGAAUUUACCACAACUGCAAAACCAUCCACUACUACUACAGGACCAUCUACUACUACUACUUAUGAAAUUACUACUACAGAAUUACUCACUACUGCCUCCACUGAAGAACUCACAACUACUGUUGAAUUAACUACAACGGCUGAACAAUCGACAGCUACUUCUGAAGUAUCUUCUACCACUACUACAACGGCAGAACCAUCCACAAGUACUUUUGAAACAUCUCCUAGUUCUACCACUACUACUACAGAAUCACCCUCUACUGCCACUACUGAAAACCCCACAACAACAACUACUACUACUGAACCAUCUACUACUACUACAGUUUUUGGGAUUACUACUACAGUUUCACCCACUACUGUCUCUACUAAAGAACCGACAACAAUAACUACUACUACUGAACCAUCUACUACUACUACUUAUGAAAUUACUACUACAGAAUCAAUCACUACUGCCUCCACUGAAGAACUCACAACUACUGUUGAAUUAACUACAACUGCUGAACAAUCGACAGUUACUUCUGAAGUAUCUUCUACCUCUACUACAUCUUUUGAGAUUACUACAACUGCAGAACCAUCCACAAGUACUUUUGAAACAUCUCCUAGUUCUACCACUACUACUACAGAAUCACCCUCUACUGCCUCUACUGAAAACCCCACAACAACAACUACUACUACUGAACCAUCUACUACUACUACAGUUUUUGGGAUUACUACUACAGUUUCACCAACUACUGUCUCUACUGAAGAACCCACAACAAUAACUACUACUACUGAACCAUCUACUUCUACUACUUAUGAAAUUACUACUACAGAAUCAAUCACUACUGCCUCCACUGAAGAACUCACAACUACUGUUGAAUUAACUACAACUGCUGAACAAUCGACAGUUACUUCUGAAGCAUCUUCUACCUCUACCACAUCUUUUGAGAUUACUACAACUGCAGAACCAUCCACGACUACUUUUGAAACAUCUCCUAGUUCUACUACUACUACAGGAUCACCCUCUACUGCCUCUACUGAAAACCCCACAUCAACAACUACUACUGCUACUGAACCAUCUACUACUACUACAGUUUUUGGGAUAACUACAACAGCAUCACCCACUACUGCCUCUACUGAAGAACCCACAACAAUAACUACUACUACUACUACUGUACAAUCUCCUACUACUUAUGAAAUUACUACUACAGAUUCACUCACUACUGGAUCCACUGAAGAACUCACAACUACUGUUGAAUUAACUACAACUGCUGAACAAUCAAUAGCUACUUCUGAAGCAACUUCUACCUCUACCACAUCUUUUGAGAUUACUACAACUGCAGAACCAUCCACAAGAACUUUUGAACAUCUUCCUACUAUACUACUACUACUACACAUCUUCUACUUAUCCACGCUUUUGAACUACUACAACUACGAACCACACACUACUUUUGACAAUUUCUAUUCUACUCUAGCAACUUCUACCUCUACCACAUCUUUUGAGAUUACUACAACUGCAGAACCAUCCACAAGAACUUUUGAAACAUCUCCUACUAUUACAGAUUCAUCCACUACUGCCUCUACUGAAAAUCCCACAACUACUACAGUUGUUGAGAUUACUACUACAGGAACACCCACUACUGCCUCUACUGAAAAGGCUACCACAACAACUACUAAUACAAAACCAUCUACUACUACUACUGCUACCUCUGAAGCAUCUUCUACUUAUACCACAGCUUUUGAGACUACUACAACUACAGAACCAUCAACAACUACUUUUGAACAAUCUUCUACUUCUACUACUACUGAACCUACUACUACUACAGCUUUUGGGAUUACUACAACAGAAUCACCCACUACCAUCUCUACUAAAAAACCCACCACAACAACUACUACUACUACUGAACCAUCUACUACUACUACUACUACAUCUACUACUACUAAAGGAUCACCCACUACUGUCUCUACUGAAAAGGCUACCACAACAACUACUACUACUACAACUAAACCAUCUACUACUGCUACUGCUAGUUCUGAAGCAUCUUCUACUUAUACCACAGCUUUUGAAACUACUACAACUACAGAACCACCCACAACUACUUUUGCACAAUCUUCUACUUCUACUACUACUGAACCUACUACUACUACUACAGCUUUUGGGAUUACUACAACAGAAUCACCCACUACCACCUCUACUAAAAAACCCACCACAACAACUACUACUACUACUGAACCAUCUACUACUACUACAUCUACUACUACUAAAGGAUCACCCACGACUGUCUCUACUGAAAAGGCUACCACAACAAUUACUACUACUACUAAACCAUCUACUACUACUACUUCUACUUCUGAAGCAUCUUCUACUUCUACCACAACUUUUGAGACUACUACAAAUACAGAACCACCCACAACUACUUUUGCACAAUCUUCUAUUUCUACUACUACUGAACCUACUACUACUACAGAAACUUUUGGGAUUACUACAACAGAAUCACCCACUACCAUCUCUACUAAAAAACCCACCACAACAACUACUACUACUACUGAACCAUCUACUACUACUACUACAUCUACUACUACUAAAGGAUCACCCACUACUGUCUCUACUGAAAAAGCUUCCACAACAACUACUACUACUACUAAACCAUCUACUACUACUACUGCUACUUCUGAAGCAUCUUCUACUUAUACCACAGCUUUUGAGACUACUACAACUACAGAACCACCCACAACUACUUUUGCACAAUCUUCUACUUCUACUGCUACUGAACCUACUACUACUACAGCUUUUGGGAUUACUACAACAGAAUCACCCACUACCACCUCUACUAAAAAACCCACCACAACAACUACUACUACUACUGAACCAUCUACUACUACUACAUCUACUACUACUAAAGGAUCACCCACUACUGUCUCUACUGAAAAGGCUACCACAACAACUACUACUACUAAACCAUCUACUACUACUACUGCUACUUCUGAAGCAUCUUCUACUUAUACCACAGCUUUUGAGACUACUACAACUACAGAACCACCCACAACUACUUUUGCACAAUCUUCUACUUCUACUACUACUGAACCUACUACUACUACAGCUUUUGGGAUUACUACAACAGAAUCACCCACUACCACCUCUACUAAAAAACCCACCACAACAACUACUACUACUACUACUGAACCAUCUACUACUACUACUACAUCUACUACUACUAAAGGAUCACCCACUACUGUCUCUACUGAAAAGGCUACCACAACAACUACUACAACUACUAAACCAUCUUCUACUACUACUGCUACUUCUGAAGCAUCUUCUACUUAUACCACAGCUUUUGAGACUACUACAAGUACAGAACCACCCACAACUACUUUUGCACAAUCUUCUACUUCUACUACUACUGAACCUACUACUACUACAGCUACCACAACAACUACUACUACUACUAAACCAUCUACUACUGCUACUGCUACUUCUGAAGCAUCUUCUACUUAUACCACAGCUUUUGAGACUACUACAAGUACAGAACCACCCACAACUACUUUUGCACAAUCUUCUACUUCUACUACUACUGAACCUACUACUACUACAGCUUUUGGGAUUACUACAACAGAAUCACCCACUACCAUCUCUACUAAAAAACCCACCACAACAACUACUACUACUGAACCAUCUACGACUACUACUACAUCUACUACUGCUAAAGGAUCACCCACUACUGUCUCUACUGAAAAGGCUACCACAACAAUUACUACUACUACUAAACCAUCUACUACUGCUACUGCUACUUCUGAAGCAUCUUCUACUUAUACCACAGCUUUUGAGACUACUACAACUACAGAACCACCCACAACUACUUUUGCACAAUCUUCUACUUCUACUACUACUGAACCUACUACUACUACUACUACUACUACAGCUUUUGGGAUUACUACAACAGAAUCACCCACUACCACCUCUACUAAAAAACCCACCACAACAACUACUACUUCUACUGAACCAUCUACUACUACUACAUCUACUACUACUAAAGGAUCACCUACUACUGUCUCUACUGAAAAGGCUACCACAACAACUACUACUACUACUAAUACAGAACCAUCCACAACUACUUUUAAACAAUCUUCUAUUUCUACUACUACUGAACUUUUUGGGAUUACUACUACAGAAUCACCCACUACUGCCUCUACUGAAAAACCUACCACAACAACUACUACUACUGAACCAUCUACUACUACUACUACUACUACAGCUUUUGGGAUUACUACUACAGUAUCACCCACUACUGCCUCUACUGAAAAACCUACCACAACUACUACUACUACUGAACCAUCUACUACUACUACAGCUUUUAAGAUUACUACAACAGAUUCACCCACAACCAAAUCUACUGAAAAACCCACCACAACAACUACUACUACUGAACCCUCUACUAGUACUACAGCUUUUGAGAAUACUACUACAAAACCACUCACUACUACUGCUACUGAAAAAUCAACAACCACUGUACCCACAACUACUAUGGUUUCUUCAGGAAAAACCUCAACAACUGAUUCUGCCAAUCCUUCCACUACAACUGAACAACUUACAGGUACGUACUAAUAAACAAAGUUAUAUGAUAGUUAUGCUAUAUACUGUUACAAACAACCUACUACUGGUAUUACUGUGAUCCACUAAGGCUACAAAAUAUUCCACUGUAUUUCC